AUGUCUUCGUUCGUCCCUCGCGCCGCAAACCGGCUACGGCUUUCCACUCGUGCUGCCACACCUCUGCCCGUCCGCGCCUUUUCGUCGUCGCCGUACCUCGCCCAGCAAAAGCCCAACAAUGAAAAGACGACGCAUUUCGGUUUCGAGAGCAUUGCCGAGUCAUUGAAGGAGUCAAAGGUCGGUGCCGUCUUCAGCUCGGUGGCCUCAUCCUACGACACAAUGAACGACUUCAUGUCCCUCGGCAUCCACCGCCUUUGGAAAGACCACUUUGUCCGCAGCAUAAACCCUGGCAGCCACACCCCCGGCGCACCCCAAACCGGCUGGAAAGUCCUCGACAUCGCCGGCGGCACCGGCGACAUUGCCUUCCGCAUCCUCGAUCACGCGACAAAUAUAAACCACGACCCAAACACACACGUUACAAUCUCCGACAUCAAUCCUGAUAUGCUUGCCGAGGGCCGCAAGCGCGCUGCUCUGUCCCACUAUAACGGUACCGGAAGACUAGACUUUGUAGAGGCGAAUGCGGAAAACUUGCACAUGAUUCCUGAUAACAGUAUGGAUCUGUACACGGUCUCGUUCGGCAUCCGUAACUUUACACACAAGGAUGUUGCAUUGAAGGAGGCUUUCCGCGUCCUGAAGCCUGGGGGUGUGUUCGCAUGUCUUGAGUUCAGCAAAGUCAACAACCCUGUCUUCGAUUUCGUAUACAAGCGAUGGAGUUUUGCUGCUAUUCCUUUGAUUGGGCAGGUUGUCGCUGGAGACAGAGACAGCUAUCAAUAUCUUGUGGAGAGUAUUGAGAGGUUCCCUAGCCAGACUGAGUGGAGGGACAUGAUCAAAGAGGCUGGAUUUGUGGUUCCUGGUGGUGAGAACGGUCAAGGUUGGGAGGACUUGACUAAUGGUAUUGCUGCCAUCCACAAGGGUAUCAAGCCCUUGAAGUAG